CUGAACACACCCUGCUGCAGCCUGCAGAGCGGACACACACACACACACACACACACACUGAAGGCACGAUCAGCUGAGCGGGACAGAGAAGACACGGAGAGACAAAGCUGCACCGCCGCCGAGCAGGAUGGCUCAUGAUGAUAAAGACCCCAUGCCUGUGGAGAGGGGGACCCUCUCCCCGGGCCAACUGCAGUCCCACCUCAAGAUGGAGCCCAAGACUCUGGGGGCAAUCCAGAUUGUUAUUGGGGCUUUGAUCCUUUGUCUGAGCGCCUCUGUGCUGCAGAUCCACGAGGUCCACUUCACGGGGGACGUGGCCCUCUUCCUGAUCGUCGUCAUACAGGUGACCCUGUCUGGUUCGGUGCUGGUCCACAGUGGGAGGAGACCUACUCUGUUCUGGGUGAAAUGCGUCCUCGUGCUGCACCUCAUCAGCGCUGCGUUCGCCACCGCCGCCCUGGGUCUGAUGUCCAAACACCUCCCGUACCGCCAGGACUCGUACCACUGUGAACACUGCCGCAGGCUGGAGCUGCACGCCGUGCAACAUUGUUUCAGGAAAUGCACCGGGCUGAUCGAGCAAAAGUGUAAACUGUUGAUUGACGGGAUCCUGGGGACCCUGGUGAUCUUCAUGGUGCUGGAGCUGUUGAUCUGUAUCACUGCCAUGCUGUUCGGACUCAGUGUCCUCGCUGCUGGUGGAAGCCAGACUCCCAGCCAGAGGCCUGUCUAUCCACAGAGUCGGCCCCCACCUGUUCCAGCUGCUGUGCCGGCUGCUCCAGCUGCAGCUGAGCCAACUCAGGUGGCUGUGGUGGUGACUGAACCAGACUCAGAGCAGAUGGAGGACAUCUCCACCCCACCCACUGAACCCCAGGUGGAGCCGAUCGAGGCGGUGACCACGGAGCCCUGAACUCAGCACGCACUGCUCCCUGUGGUGUCAUGUCAUGUCAGACGCAGCGCGGACACGGGCGGAGUUAUCUCCCGUUCACCUCGAUGAGUCAUGUGACUUGGGUGACGACACAGAUUCAACAGGUUGUCGUUGUCCUGUCCUCUCUCUUCUGGCAUGACAUGAACACAGCAUCAGUGUUAGCUCGGCUGGACCCACAGCACACUGUGUCGUGGUUCUGACUUGGAUCAGUGUUAUUAGUAAUGUUGAUUUAUUCUACAGAUACUAAGAUAACAGAGAAAUAAUAACAGAGACAGCGAGGGGAAACAAAGAGUGUGUAGCAGCUACUCACUUCACCAACAGCGUGUGCACACUUUGUGUUAAUUAGACUGAAGGUAGAUUUAAUAUGUAACCCGGUACAGGUCUGCCUUUCUUAAAACAUAUUUGACUUGAAAUAAGAUGUUGUUGUUGCUCCGUUAGAAAACUUCUUGUUGAGUUUGUCUUAAUGUCACUUCACAGUUCACUGAUGACAGAGUUUUACUGUCCAUCCACUGUUGGCUCUAAUGUCUCAGACCUGUUUUCUUCUAUAAAACACAAUGACGUGGAUUUGUUUACCACCUGUUCUGGAGACAGAGGUAAUUAUUGUAUUAUUACAAUAUUAAUAUUCGCUAUGGAAAAGUCAGUAAGAGCUGACCUUUGAAUAACAGGCCCAUAAUCACUCAUAUUAUCCUCAAAUAUUAAAUGAAAAUGAAUUUAUUAUGAUGAUAUAUACUAUUAAAUUACUUAUUAUGAGCCUGCCCCCUUCCAGCUAUAAUCAUUUAACACCUGCUUAGUUAUUUCUCAGAAAUGUGCUGGACGUUGAAAACAUACCAGAGCAGUUAGAGAGAUGACUGUAGUGCUUGUAGUUUGUCAUAGCUGUAAGAAAAACACUGUUACUCCUGAUGUCAGUAUUUCAGGCCACAGUUACUUUGUCUCUUUGUUUUCCUGCACUGGCUUGUUAGUGUUUGUGGAAACCACAGGAUGGCAUGAUGAAAAUGAAUGUAUGAACAUUUUAAUCAGUGUAAAUAAAG